AUGUCAGCAACCGUUCGUAAAAGUAAAUAUUGCAUUAUUCACAAGGAAGGCUUGAAAGUUGACGAUGACCAUUUGAUAAGCCCCCAAAGUUAUGAUUCGUGGGCAACGCUGUUAGAGGCGGCAGAGAUUCGAAAACAUGAGGCCCUCCUUCAAAUUGCGAGAAAUGCUCAAGAAGGGGAAGUGCCUGAAAUAUUCUACCAUAGGAAAUGUCGCAGUGCAUUUACCAUCAAGAGAGAUUUAGAGUCGCUCAAAAGAAAACGUGCCUUGGAAGAGGAUGCUCAUGAAGAUGAAACUCUACUUGAAAGGCCCAGAAAAAGAAGUGCGACCUCCGCAUCUCGUGUCUACUAUAAAGAAUGCAUUUUCUGUGAGAGACCCAAGUAUGUAAACCGUACACUAGAAAAGCUGGUAAAAGCUACUCAGCUAAGGGUGGACCAGACUCUGCGCCAGAUAGCUACCGAGAGAUGUGACGAGCGGAUCCUGGCAAUUACAAGUAGAGAUAUCGUUGCAGCAGAAGCACACUAUCAUAGAACGUGCUACCGUGACUACACAAGGCCCACCUCUCAGCAGCACCCAGAGGAAAGCGAACCCAAGAAUGAUGCUGAAUAUGAUGCCUUUUCAGAUUUAUUUAGUUUUAUUAGAACUGAUGUUUUAGAUGCGCAGGUUGUGGUAACUAUGAUUGAGUUAACAAAGAAGCUGGAAUCUUUUCUUCAAUCGAGAGGUACAGAGAAGCUUCAGGAAUCAACGAAGAAACACCUGAGAAAGAAACUAGAGUCAGAGUUUGGUUCCACUUUGGAAAUUUUUCCAGAUGAAAAGGGAAAGCUACUGGUUAUUCCUGCAAACCUGGAUAUCAAGGAAACAGUAAAGAAGAUGGUUAACCUGGAAAAGGAAGUAAUGAGUUUUAAGUCCCAAGCAACAGAAAUGCAAACGAUCGUCGAUCAGAGCGCUGAACACUUGCGAAAUGUGAUUUUAGAUAUGAAGUGGACUAUGCCCUGGCCUAUUCUCCCGUCCGAUUUAUCCGUUGAUCAGUUUCCUGUACCAGAAUGUCUUCGUCGCUUCUUGAUAGGACUACUCACAUCAAAUCGUGACGUGAAGAAUCCCUCACCAAGAGUGAAAAUGUUACUUGAGUCCUUCAGUCAAGAUAUUAUUUAUGCAGUGACCGGCGGCAGGACAAAACCACCUAAGCAGAUUCUCCUAUCGUAUGGAGUCAAAACUUUGACUGGCAAUGUAGAAUUAAUCCGUAUGCUCAAUAGAUUUGGCCAUGGCGUGUCGUAUUCCCAGCUAGAAGAGAAUGAUACAGCCUUAUGUCUCCAAAAACUCGCUGCUAACCUCAAUCAGACUACAAUACUGCCAGGAACCAUUCAACCAAACGUUUUUACCAAUUUAGCUUGGGACAACAUCGAUCGCCUAGAGGAAACCUUGACUGGAGGGGGUACAACCCACAGAGUUAAUGGAAUAGCGGUGCAACCAAGAGUCUUUGGGCCACAUCUACCAGCUCCACAGCUGCCUCCAAUUUUGAAGCAGAAGCAGAGGAGUAUCAUCCACGAAGAGCAACCUUUGCCCACGUACAUCGCUGGUGAAAGAGUUGGUCCAGGUCGUAUUAAAGCGAGCAGCAAUCUGAUGAACAUCCAGGAAGCAGAAGCUCGUAAUGCUCAAGCAUGGAAUCUGACCUGGGCUGUGGCACGCCAGACCCAUGUAGAGGACCAGAGGGUACCAAGCUGGACCGGUUUUCAUGUUCAAACGCGAAGCAAGGAGGAUGUGCGGGAGGACGUGGUGGCUUAUUUACCAACAAUUAAUGCCCCAGCGACAGAGCUAAGCACCGUUAAUGAAAUCCUGCGCCAGUCCGAAGACAUCAGGAAAAGGCUUUAUCUAGACCAGAUCGUCGUUGUAUUGGAUCAAGCAUUAUAUGCCAAAGCAUGUGAGGUUGCUUGGAAAAACAGAGAGCUUUAUGAGAAAAUCAUUCUUCGCUUAGGAACAUUUCAUACAAUCUGCAACCUACUGUCCAUAAUAGGGAAGCGCUUUCAAGAUGCAGGCUUGAGUGAUGUCUGUAUCGAAUCUGGCAUACUAGCUGGAGGAUCCGUGUGUGGUGUUAUGGAAGGGAAGGUGUAUAAUCGUGCUGUUCGCAUCCACAAGUACAUCUACGAAGCUCUUAUGCGACUCGUAUGGAAGCAGUUUGUGCCAUGGCUAACAGUUAACCAUGCAGACAAAGUGGGUAAACUACGUGUCCUCCAAGUCAAGGUCAGCGACAUGGUCAAUGAAGUAGAACUCCGACAGUGUGAAAGUAUUUUGAACAGUGAUCCUUUCAAAGAAAUUCACCUGAUUUGGAUGCAAUACUUGCAAUACCUGCGCUCUGAGAAUGGCCCACUGUCCUGCUUUUGGAUGUCGUACAUUGACAUUGUCGGUGAUGUACUACUUGGAUUGAUUCGAGCAUCUCGUGAAGGUAACUGGCAGCUACAUCUCUACGCCAUUCGUAACAUGAUCCCGUGGUGCUUCGCGUACGACAAAAUAAACUAUGCUAGGUAUCUACCUGUCUACUACGCUCAGAUGAUAAAUCUCCCCUCCGAACACCCGAACGUGUAUUCCAACUUCAUGAAUGGAAGAUUUUCCGUUCAACUUGCUGGAGAAAGCCCUUUUGGGCGCAUCCCUGUAGACCAGACCACGGAAGUCACUGUCAACAAGGACACCAAGUCAAGUGGGGGCAUUACCAAGUAUAGUCUAAAGACAGGAGCGGUAACUAGAUUCUACAUGACAGCUGAGUACCGAUGCUCCUUUCUUGCUCAUUUGAGAGACAUGGUUCAAGUCAAGCGCCCAUCCUAUCAUCAUGACGAAAUGCUGUCUACCAGGAAGCGCAAAGACGAGCAAGCAGUAACAACAAUAGAGAGUCUGAUUGAAGGCUGGAACAAUCCCUUCACAGAGAGGAAAGAGCUUGUGAGUUUAUCCACUGCCAAACAAGCGCCUGAAGAUGUAACUAGAGACCUUUUGAACGCUCGAAAAGUCGGCGAAGAGGCCUAUCAAGUGUUCAAAGAGCAACGUCUGGAAUCGUCUCCACCACAGAAGAAAUUUCAUGACACAAUGAAGUUGAACAAACUGAAAACCUUUUCUUCCCUUAGUCAGAAGAAAAAGGUUUCCACCGACGGCAGGACGAUGGUCUUGAAAGCCGAUAGGUCUCUUUUUGGGCGGAUCAUAAUCAUUGGUCAGAGCCGGAAGAUUGAUGUGAGAGAACUGCUACAGUACAGCUUGGGGCCAUUACCGUGGUCUUUAGCAACUACAGAAGGGUUUCCUCGAAAAACAAACAAAGCAGCGCUGGCGACUCCCCUCCAAAAGGAUGUACCGUUAGCUGAUGGCCUUCCGCAGAACUCAGCUGCUAUUAUCGACGGUAUGAGUCUAGUUCAGAAGUUGAGCGUUGGUGGAGGACAGACAACCUUCGCAAUGGUUGCUUCUUCUCUUCUAACAAAAGUUCUUCACGAAGGUUCCCAGAGCAACAGAAUCGACGUGGUUUUCGAUACAUACAGAGAUAUGUCAAUUAAGAACGCAGAGAGAACCAUGCGUGGAGAAGUUGCGGGAGUUCAACUGUCGCAUAUAAGUUCUACUCAGCUGGUCAAGCAGUGGAGAAAGUUCCUGUCGGAGGUCAAGAACAAGACAAGUCUAAUCAAGUUCAUUUCCAGAGAAUGGAGAGAAGAAGACUGCAUGAGAAGGCUGAAAGGAAAAACAUUGUUUGUUACUGCCGAGAGCGAAUGCUGGAAGAUAACUGAAAGGGGAAGCGAGAAUGUGGCAGAGCUGACAAGUAACCAGGAGGAAGCUGACACUCGUCUACUGCUUCACGCUAAACAUGCUGCCCAGGAGGGGUAUGAAGCAGUCGCAGUGAUCUCAGAAGACACAGACGUGUUUGUCUUGCUUUUGAACUUCUCAAGCAUUAUCAACACUAGACUCUAUAUGAAGUGCGGUUCCAGAACGAGGACGCGACUUGUCGACAUCAAAGGAGCAGUUCAGAGAACCGGGCGAGAGAUAUGCGAGGCACUGAUUGGGUUGCAUUCUUUUACAGGGUGCGAUUCAGUAAGUGCCUUUGCUGGUAAAGGAAAGAUAGGGGCUCUUAAAAUCCUUAAAAGCAAUGAAGGCGCAAGAAGAGCGUUCCGAGAGCUUGGCCAGUCCUGGACAGUAUCAGAGGACCUUUACACUUUGCUUGAGAAGUUCACCUGCUCCAUGUACAUACCAGUCGGCAACACAACCAGCCACGUGAAUGAUGCACGAUACGAGCUGUUCUGUGCAAAGAAUGGGGAACUGGAGUCACACCAGCUACCUCCUUGCCAGGACUCCCUUCGGAAACACAUUCUUCGUGCAAACUACCAAGCGGGUUAGUUGACAAUGCCUGUUUCUAUUAAAUAUUUGUCACAGGAAAUGUGAUGAGGAUAACAACUAAUUUAGUAUUACAUCACUCCUGCAGCUUUAUGGAGACGGAGCCUGGAGGCUAACCCAGACAUUCCCAGUCCAGUUGGUAUGGGGUGGAUAACACAGACCUCCACUGACGCUGCAUCCACUGAACUAGUGAUCGACUGGAUGGACGGGCAGCCAGCUCCUUCUGCUGUCCUGGAACUGCUGGCGUGUAAAUGUAAGAAGACCUGUGAACUCCCAAGUUGUGUUUGCAUGAACAGUGGUUUGAAGUGCACGGAUCUCUGCUCGCUAAACGACUGCACCAACCAGCCAGCUCAAGACGAUUCAUCAAACAUUAUUGAUAAUGAAGCAGACGAAGAUGAUGAUGAUGACUUUUAA